AUGCGCCAGGGCCCCGCCCUCGGAGGCGUCGGUCCGUUUCGUCUGCCGACCCGAGGCCCGGACGGUCAGCUGGAGAUCCACAGGCCCAACUGCCUGUGCUGCAUCGGUCCGCCCGACGACGCCUUCGAGCGCUCCUGCGCCGCCGUCGUCGCCCUGCGCAUCGAAGGCGUGGGUCCCGCCGAGGCUGAGAGGUUCGUGCGGCUGUGCACGCGCGCGGGCGGGGGAGACGCGACGCCGCUGAGCAAGGGUAAGCUCAAGGCGGCGUGUAAGAGCGUUCGAUCCAAGGCGUCCGGUGCGCCGCCGCUGGAUCUGGCCACCGUGGAGUUGAUGCAACGGAAGGUGCUGGAGUGCUACGGAAUCGUCCGAUGGUCGUACGGUGAGCUGUGGUCCGUCGCCUCCUCUGCGGCCGCCGAGGUUCGCCGCGCGCUCGAGGGCGUCGAUGCGCCGAGACUAUCCGAUAUGCAAGAUCUCGACGGCCUGUCGCCGACGGUGGGGCUCCUGGUCGAGGACGGCGUCGAGUUGCCCGUCGCCAUCUUGGCCAUCCUUUUGGCAGGCGCCGCCGUGGUCCCGAUCGGCGCGACGGAUCCGCCGGCGAGGAUCAAGGACGUCUUAGACGACGCGGGGUGUUCCGUGGAGAUCGCGAGCGACCGCGCGGGCGACGGCGGGGCGACACAAAGGCUGAGGGAGGCGUGGGCGAAGGCUGGACGCGCCGACUUUAAGGUCAUCCCCGCCGCGUCUCUCCUCUCGAACGAAUCUCGCGAAAUAUCUCGUGAGGCCCAUACGUACGACUACCAGACGCCCCCGCCGGCGUUUCCGGCGAACAAGCUCUCGCACGUGUUCUUCACCUCCGGCAGCACCGGUCGGCCGAAGGGGUGCCUCGCCACGCACGGCGGACUGUCCCUGUACUGCGACGAGAAGAACCAGUCGCUUGGCGUCGGCGACGACUCGGUUGUUUUGGUCGCGUCGCCGCACUCGUUUGAUCCCUCGCUCGGGGACUUUCUGGGAGCCUGGCGAGCCGGGUGCGUCGCCGCGACGGCGCCGCGGUCGCACCUGUUCGCGUCGAUGGGCGCGUGCCUCGCGGCGAGCGGCGCGACGCACGUGCUCACGACGCCGUCCAUGCUGUCCACGAUCGAACCGGCGACUGAAGUUGAUCCAUCCGGCGAAGAGACUUUGCCGAACCUGCCGAACCUGCGAGUGGUGGCGUUGGGGGGCGAGCCCAUGCCCGAGGCGCUCGCGCGCGCGUGGUUACCCGCGGUGCAAAGGUUGGUGAACGGCUACGGCGUGACCGAGUGCACGGUGUACCAGGCGUUUCGCGACGUGACGUCCGUGGAGACGCGAAGAGCCGUCGGCGGUGUAUUGGCCGGGUGCGACAUGCUCCUCGCCAAAGAUCCCGGCGACGACCCGAGCGAUCUCCUCGACGAGCGACGCGACCCCGACGGGACCCUCGCGGAGGUUUGGUUCGCGGGCCCGCUCGUGGGUUUGGGGUACGCCAACGCACCGACGCUGACGACGGAACGGUACUUCGUAAACGCCGACGACGGACGACGUUUCUUUCGGACGGGCGACGUGUGCAGACUGGUUCGACGAGACGGACAACCGGCGUUUGUGGAGAUUGUCGGUCGCCGGGACUCGCAGGUGAAGAUCAACGGCCAGCGCGUGGAGCUCGGCGAGGUGGAGGCGGCGGUGUGCGCUUCGGCUCCCGGGUUGGUUGCCGAGUGCGCGGUUUCGACGCCGAGGCUCGACGCGGCGGAACCGCGAUCGAAGGCGAUCGUCGCGUGGUGCGUUCCCCCGCAGAGCGGCGGCCGACGCUCGAAAACGCUCGAAAACGCCCAGCCGCCGACGCCCGAAGACGCGGGCGGGGGGCGGGAACCCUUCAGCGCGUUGAGAGCCGACGCGCUUCGAUGGCUCGUCGCGUCGCGCGUUCCGCCGCACAUGGUUCCCUCCCGGUUCGGCGUCGCGCGGUUCGGUUUGCCGACGACGGCGUCCGGUAAGGCGGCGAGGUCCGUCGUGGCAAAGUGGGGAGCGCCCCCGCUACCGAACAGGGACGCGAUGUUCGAGGGGGAAGGAAGCACGGCGGGUGAAAGAGGGGAAGAGACGGAGGCGGCGGGGAAGAGCGGAUUCGAACCGGUCACCUCGGAGGAGACGCGCGCCCUCGACGCGUUCGCCAGGGUCGUCGCGUCGGCGUGGUCCACGGAGCUGGGCUCUGAGGUUACGUUAACGUCGCGCUUCGCCGAACUCGGCGGCGAUUCAGUCGCCGCCCUGCGCGUCUGCCAGGCCAUCGCCGCCUCCUUCGCGGACGACGACGCGUCACAGGGGCACGCCGGGGCCUCGAUGAACGGACGAAUGGGAGGGACGUUCGGGGAGGCGCUCGUCGGCGCGCUCGCGCCGUCGAGGGUCCUCGUCGGAGCCGGUUCGCUUUCCCUCGCGGCGCACGUCCGAGGUCUGAGGUCCGCGGCGAUCGUCGGGGAGCUGGGUACGCGCGCCGCGACGCUCGCGCGGGGCGAUUCGGACGACGAAGCGAGUGGUGUCGCGACGGAACGCGCUGAGGACGGGGACGGGGACGGGGAGUCGGCACCCGAGGGGGACGAGCGAACGGAGGAGGGCGCGUCGUUGCUUCGUCGCGCGGCGUUUGAGGGCGACGCCGUCGUCGUCGAGCAACUCCUCGACGCCGGGGUUGACGUCGAGGGUGCCGUCGGGGUGCCGUCGAGGGUGCCGUCGUCGACGCCGCUUCACAUCGCGUGCGGCGGGGGAUCGAGGGACCGCGACGGGCGCGCCGCGGCGGCGCUCCUCUCGAGGGGCGCGAGUCCUCGGGCGAGGAACCGACGGGGUCAGACGGCGUUUAUCGUCGCCGCCGCGAGGGGCCCGAACUCGCUGCUGGCGCAGAUCCUCGAGCGCGGCGGCGACGCGGGCGCGGCGGACGACGACGGUCAGACGGCGCUGCACGUCGCCGCGAGGGCCGGAGCGCCCGCGAGCGUCGUCGCCGCCGUCGCCGCCGCCGCGGACGGAGCGCCUUCGCCGAUUACGACGCAAAAAAACGCUCAAAAAAACGCGCGAAACGACAAGUCCAAAGGGCCGAAGGCGAACGCUCGAAACGACAAGUCCCGGGGGGAACAGGCGCGGAGGUACGGCGGGAAGGUCGCGGCGGUGGAUCGUGUGGACGCGUGGGGCCGGACGCCGCUUCACUGGGCCGCGGUCAACGGGCACAGGGCCGCGUGCGUCGCUUUGCUCGACGCCGGGGCGAGCGCGAGCGCGGUGGACGACGCGGGCGAGACCCCGACGGACGCCGCGGAGCGUCGCGCGCUGUGCUCGGCGAGAGAGAGGCCGGACGGGGCGAGGGCGUCCACCUGGGGGGACAUAGCGACGCUCUUGGGGGGUUCGGGGCGGACCAAACAUCUCAAGGCGCAGCUGGCGGCGCGCGCGAGCAAGGGCACAUGA